CUCAUGGAAACUCCGCCCUGACUGCCGAGCCUAGUGGGACAGCAUGACGAGGAGCGGGUUCCGUGCGGCACCAUAGUGCCGGCAUUUUGUUUCCGGGGGAAAUUGAUCAGAGCGGACCCGGCGCUGUCAUGGCUGCCUGACAACCAGAGAGCCGGAUAGAGUGUGUCCUGACCAAAGCAGCGAAGCCCUCUCAGACCUCUAGUAGUAGUAUGGCUGGAGAACAGAAGCCUUCCAGUAGUCUUCUGGAGCAAUUCAUCUUACUAGCCAAAGGGACUAAAGGUUCAGCUCUUCCAGCCCUCAUCAGCCAAGUAUUAGAAGCUCCCGGGGUUUACGUAUUUGGAGAACUUCUAGAUUUACCCACAGUACAAGAGCUUGCAGAUGGCCCGCAUUCUGGGUACCUUCAGCUCCUGAAUUUGUUUGCUUAUGGGACAUAUCCAGAUUACGUUGCAUUAAAGGAAAGUUUGCCAGAACUUUCGGCUGUACAGAAAAACAAGCUGAAACACUUAACAAUUGUGAGCCUUGCAUCCAGGAUGAAGUGCAUUCCAUACUCUGUGCUGCUGAAAGAUUUAGACAUGAGGAACCUCCGCGAGUUGGAGGAUUUAAUCAUAGAAGCAGUUUACACAGACAUCAUUCAGGGCAAACUUGAUCAACGCAAUCAUGUACUAGAAGUUGACUUUUGCAUUGGACGGGACAUUCCCAAGAAGGACAUAAGUAGCAUUGUGAAAACUCUUCAGGAGUGGUGUGAUGGUUGUGAAGCAGUUUUAAUGGGAAUUGAACAGCAAGUGCUGAGGGCAAACCAAUACAAGGAGAACCACAACCGUACACAGCAGCAAAUAGAAACAGAAGUGACAAAUAUAAAAAAAACUUUGAAAGCCACAGCUUCCUCAACUGCUCAGGACACUGACCAGCAUCUUGCAGAACGAGAAGGACCCCCUCUGGCUGAGCAGCGACAGCCUACUAAGAAGAUGUCAAAAGUUAAAGGUCUGGUCUCCAGUCGCCACUAAUGAAGCUGAAAACAUGGAGGGGGCUCCAGGUGGCUUACAACUGCUCCUGGAUUGUUUACAGACUUACACCACACACCACCAUUGUAUGAGCCUCUUUCCAUCCAAAACCUUUUGGAGACCCUGCCUGCUAGGAGGGACAGUAAACCUAUUAGUGCUGAGACCCAGCUUGGUUUUCAAAUUGUUGUCCAUGCAGAUCAGGACACUUUGCCUAUAAGUUUGUGGAUCCAUCUCUCUGCUGGAGAGGUCUGUUGUCGGUCAGUGAAGUACACAGUAGGCUUCUCUGUCAGAGAGAGGAUUAUAGAAAUGGUUGCUUAUUGCUGCGUGGUUAAAAAAUCCUAGGUGACUUUUGGUCCUGCCAUCUCUUUCUCUCUCUGGAGAUUUAAAAUGUGCAGUAGGGAGAGAUCUGUACAGUAAGUUUUCCUAUUUUCUUAAAUGCACCCUGUUAUAGCGUUAUUUUUCGAGGAGAUUGUAUUUUCUUUCUUCUUGUAUGAGACAUUUUGCCUGCUAUUGUUAUGCCAUGUAUUUGAGGCCAGUUCAUGAAUUGCAGAAGAGCUAUAUAAGAUCUGGCUGAGACAGGAAAAGAGAGAAUACUUCAUAUGCCAUGUGCAUCUUCGUGUAGCAAACUAUAUCUGUAUGGCCUUUGGAAGUAAGUUUAAAGGGGCCAGCAUUCGGAACUAAAUGUUCUGAACGCUGUUUUUGCGCUGCGGGGGUCGGCCACGCCCCUUGUGAUGUC